AAAUUAUCUCUUCAUUCAACUUCAUCUGCAAAUAGUUCAUAGUGCUUAUAAUGUAAUAAUGAGUGUGUUUUUGAAUUGCGUCUCGGGUUCUGAAGCUGAAACGAAAGAAGAAAGUGUCGAUAAAGAAGGCGCUCAAGUGCAACCGGAAGUGACUGACAAAGACAGUGCUGGAUUAUGGUUGACAGCUAGUGAAGCUAGUAGCUUAGGUUAUGAAGAAGUUGCUGAGAGAUUACGAGUAGAUAUUAGAAAAGGUUUAGGCUGGCAAGAAGCAAAUGAUAGGCGAACGGUGUCAGGGUACAAUGAAUUUUCCGUAAAAAACGGUGACCCACCAUGGAAGAAGUACUUAGAACAAUUCAAGAACCCUCUAAUCCUACUGCUGCUGGGUUCGGCAGUAGUCUCAGCGUGCAUGAGUCAGUUCGACGAUGCUAUCAGUAUUACAGUAGCCAUAGUCAUAGUAGUAACCGUAGCCUUUGUUCAAGAAUAUCGAUCUGAAAAGUCGUUACAGGAAUUGACGAAAUUAGUUCCACCAUCAUGUCAUUGUCUAAGGGAAGGAUCUCCAGACACAUUUCUAGCAAGAGAGCUGGUUCCUGGCGACGUGGUACUCCUCAACAUCGGAGAUCGGAUACCAGCUGACGUACGUCUUUUCGAAGCUCAUGAUCUCACUUUAGACGAAAGCUCCUUCACAGGUGAAACGGAACCGGCCAAAAAGAACACCGAUUCAGUCAUCAGACCAAAUGGAGCGCAUUCGUCGAAUACCAAUAUUGCUUUUAUGGGUACUUUGGUUAGAAAUGGCACGGGAAAGGGUGUAGUUGUAAGUACAGGAACCAACAGCGAGUUUGGUUCAGUGUUCAAAAUGAUGUUAGAAGAAGAAGCUCCGAAAACACCUUUACAAAAAUCUAUGGACAAACUAGGCACUCAACUAUCCAUCUAUUCAUUCGCUAUCAUCGGUUUUAUUAUGCUCGUGGGAUGGAUCCAAGGAAAACUCAUCAUGGAGAUGUUCCAGAUCGGAGUGAGUCUAGCUGUAGCUGCCAUUCCUGAAGGUUUACCUAUUGUAGUGACAGUAACCUUAGCCUUAGGUGUGAUGCGAAUGGCGAAGAGGAAGGCCAUCGUGAAGAAGUUACCAACGGUCGAAACGUUGGGGUGCGUGAACGUCAUUUGUUCAGAUAAGACCGGUACGAUUACGAGAAAUGAAAUGACAGCUACCGUGCUCGUAACCUCCGACGGUUACAUAGCUGAGAUAACGGGGGCAGGCUACAAUGAUCACGGCCAGAUUUUAUUGCAUACCAAGUAUGAUUUUCCGGAUAAGGCUAGAGAAAGUAUAAGGCAGUUACUAGAGGUAGGAGCAGUUUGCAACAACGCGAUUAUAAAAGACGAGAUGUUACUCGGAACGCCUACAGAGGGCGCUCUUCUAGCCGCCGCCAUGAAACACGGCAUGGACAAUAUAGGCAAUCGCUACAUCCGACUUAAGGAAUAUCCAUUCAGCUCAGAGCAGAAAAUGAUGGCCGUUCAUUGCGUCAACAAAUACGAUAAUAACAAAGAAGAAAUUUUCUUCGUGAAAGGUGCUAUAGAAAAGAUUCUACCGAAAUGCACAACUUAUAACCGUAACGGAUCACCACAGCCAAUAACUGAUCAAAAGAAGGAAGAAUUCAUAGCCGAAGCACACGAAAUCGGCAAAAAAGGCUUAAGGGUUAUCACCAUGGCGAAAGGUAGUACUUUGCAAGAUCUAACCUACAUGGGAACUAUUGGAAUCUGUGAUCCUCCUAGACCAAGAGUUAGAGAAGCAAUUUCUAUUCUAAAAGAAUCUGGGGUACAAAUCAAAAUGGUAACGGGAGAUGCAGUGGACACUGCAGUCGCUAUUGCACAAUCAAUCGGCUUGGAAACUCUCCCAUCUCAAGUUUUAUCUGGAGAACAACUAGACACGUUUACCGAGAACGAAUUGGACGAAGCAACUCCCAGAGCCACGGUAUUCUACAGGGUGUCUCCCAAGAACAAAUUGUCCAUAGUAAAAUCGUUGCAGAGGACCGGUCACAUCGUAGGUAUGACUGGUGAUGGUGUCAACGACGGAGUUGCUUUGAAAAAGGCGGAUAUCGGUAUAGCGAUGGGUAAGAACGGAACGGAUGUGUGUAAAGAAGCUGCGGAUAUGAUUCUUGUGGAUGAUGAUUUCUACACGAUUAUAGCUGCCAUAGAAGAAGGAAAAAGUAUUUUCUAUAAUAUUAGGAAUUUUGUUACUUUCCAGCUGUCGACGUCAAUAGCCGCACUUUCUUUAAUAGCUUUAUCAACAAUAUUAGAUAUUCCAAAUCCACUAAAUGCUAUGCAAAUUUUGUGGAUAAAUAUUAUAAUGGACGGACCUCCAGCACAAAGUUUAGGAGUAGAACCAGUCGAGGAGGACGUCGUUAAACAAAAAGCUCGAGACACCAAAGAGCCUAUGAUUACAAAGAAACUCAUUUUAAAUGUUUUGCUUUCAGCCUUGUUUAUCAUUGGUGGCACCCUUUGGGUUUUUCAAAAGGAGCUAAGCUCCGAAGGUAUAACUGCCAGAGAUACGACGAUGACAUUCACUUGUUUCGUCUUCUUUGACAUGUGGAACGCCCUCUCUUGCCGAUCACAAACUAAGAGCGUAUUUACCAUCGGUUUGUUUUCUAACAAAAUGUUCCUGAUCGCUGUCACGCUGUCAGUUUUAGGACAAAUGUUGGUGGUGUAUUUUCCACCGCUACAGGCGAUUUUCCUAACGGAAUCGUUGACUGCUUGGGAUAUAGCAAUGUUAACAGCGCUUACGUCAUCAGUGUGGGUAUUCUCCGAAUUCAAGAAACUCCUGGAGAGGUACAUGGAGAGGCGAACUAAGGGAAAAAGGUCUCCUUUGGAGUACGUAUGACAAAAGAGGGGGUCCGGGGCGAAUUCCCGCUGCAAUUAGCUGCUCCUUCUCCUCCGCCCCCAAUUAUUCGGCCCCAUAUCCUUAGAAUGUGCAAACCCUUCAAUCCCCUUUCUUUUAUAGCUCCCGUCAGCAUUUGCGUGCUGAAUACGUUUGAAUAAAUUCACACCAUUCUACAGUUUUUCUUUUGUAAUAACUGUAUUUUAGUCGUGAGGGUAUCUGUAUUCGAAGAUAUUUAUUUAAGGUUGUUUAACCCAUUCGCUGCCUAUCUAAGAGAAUGGAACUCGGCUAGGAGCCAUUCUGUUGAACGGCACCUGACUGAAGUAACCAUAUCACUUGCUGGCGCGUGAAGGGCAGCGAAUGGGUUAAAAGGGAUAACUUUGAAAUGGCAUGUUUGGGAAUAUAAUUUGUAUGUUAGGAAUAAAAAAAUGUGUGAUGUAUCCACUACCAGUGAUGUAGUUUAAUUGAUUUUAAGGUUUAAGACACUUUAUUGAGUAAAAUACGUUAUUCAUAACAUUAGUGCACAUAAUAAAACCUUUUUUUUUUUUUUAAUUAUACAUUGUAAAUCAAUAGUAUUCUUCUUAACGUGCCCUAUCAAGUCUCCUUGACGUUGGCGAUUAACACGGCAAAACUGUCUCUGUCUCGAGCUAUUCAAAUAGUUGUUCUGCUUUCUUUAUUCCUGUCCACUCUCUGUUAUUCUUCAACCUUACUUACUUACUUACUUACUUACUAGCCAACGCCCACCCUUGGCAUGUUAGCCAUUUGGCGGCGCGCUGACCAGUAUAGACGAGCCGUUUCUCGUAGGCGAUCUUCAUCCUCCUCGGGUGGGUCUGUUAUCAGGGCUGGGCACUCUGGGAGGUGAGCAGCAUCCAUCUGGGGCUGAUUACAUAGUGGACAGUUGUCAUUUUCACGGACGCCGAUGCGAUGUAGAUGGGAGGCCAGGUAGUCAUGCCCCGUAGUUGUUCUGAACGCGGCUACACUGAUGGGUCUCGGCAAGUUGUGAGGGAUUGGUGACUCUAUUAGGUGGGCCCAAGAUUUUCCAGCACCGGCUUGUAUUUGCUGGUCUUUUAUUUUCGCUUUGAUUCCUCUUUUAAUGGUGGACUUUGCUGAUGUGUACGAUUGGAAGCUAGGGGGCUGUGGAAGAGUAGUGCCUUCUUUUGCAAGUUCAUCCGCCGCUACAUUCCCUUCAACACCGACAUGACUAGGGAUCCAUUGUAAAGUAAUCAGCCACCCUUUUUCCAGCAAGUUCGAUAGUUGGACGCGGCAAGAUAUUGUUUGGGCACAGUCGGUAUAUCGAUUUGUCGACAGGGCAAGGAUUGCGGCUUGGCAGUCGAUGAAGAAGGCAACUUUUUGGGGGUGUUGGAGAUUCUCGAGACUUUUAGUGGCUUCGUGUAUAGCAGCAAUUUCGCCAUCAUAGUUGGUGAGAGGGGCACCCACAGCUAUGGAGCCUUUGGAGAACGUUGAGACAUAUCCAGCUCCUGUUCUUCCCGAGGCCGGCAUCGAGGAGCCAUCGCAGUAGAUUUGGAGCCACUCAUGCGCUGGGUAAUUGGUGUGUAUCGUGUCUAGGGCGGCUUUCCUUAGGACAAUGUCUGACGAUAAGUGCUUCGGGUCGUUAUGGUUUUCAAGACGCAAUUCUGUGUUUGGUAGACAGCGGGCGAGUGGCCGCUGAAUUCUUCAACCAAGAGGCCUGUUUUCUACCAAUUCCUCUGCGUCCUUCGAUUUUACCCAUCAUAAUAAGUUGAAGAAUAUUAUAUCAGUCUCCCCUUACUACGUGUCCAAAAUGGGCCAUCUGUCUACAUUUCAUGUUAUCAAGCAUCUAGCGAACAGUAUUUGCUCUCUUAAGGACGGCUACAUUUGUCAGCAUAGCCGUCCUUGGUAUUUUUAGUGUACGUCUGUGCAACCACAUUUCAAAAGCCUCCAAGCGAUUAAUGGUGGAUAUUUUUAACGUCCAUGCUUCGACACCGUAUAAGAAGACUGACCAAAUCUAACAUUUAAUCAUGCGCUUUCGAAAUUGAAGUUGCAAGUUAUCAUUACAGAAGAAUGACCUCAUUUUUAAAAAUGUUGUGCGGGCUAUCUGGAUUCUACAUUUCUAGAGUGCUAUGUAUUAAGAGUAUAAGUCAAAAAUGAAAAUUUUUAAUUAAAGCUUUUCAAAGUCCUUUUUACCACUGAUGAAAUAACUAUUACAACUGCAUCGUCUUACGUAACUAUUACAACGUAACAUCACUUAAAAUAACUGUAUCGUCUGUAUAUCUGAUUGUAUUUAUCAGAAUUUCAUUAAUUUUCGCGCCCCGUUACGAAUUAUGCAGCGCUUCUUUAAAUAUUCUAUCUGAAUAUAAAUUGAACAACAGUGGGGACAGUACACAACUCUAUCUGACGCCUGAACCCUAUUUGGGCUUCGAAACGUUACUAAAAACAUUUUUUGGUAAAAUUGUGGCUUAUUCCCAUUAAAAAUAGUUGAUUAUAAAAAAUGCCACAAAGAAAUACCUUCAGAACAACCUCUUUGUAUUUUACAUAUUUCUGUUGAUUUUCCAUUUAUGCAAGCUGUCGCUGUUUGACGCCAGUAUAAUUUUUCUAUGAUUCGUACGUCUUGGCUAUCAACUCCUGUAUCCUAAUGUUUUAAUUAAUUUGUGAUGCUGUACUCGAUCAGAGGCCUUUUCAUAGUAAAUAAAUACAGCAAAGACGUCUUUCCUUUGAUCACGGCAUUUCUGCAAUAAUACAUUUAGUGCAAAGAGUGCGUCCCGGGUUCCCAGUCUAUUUUUGAAGCCAAAUUGUGUUUCAUCCUGGUCUUCUUCAUAUUUAUCUCUGAUUCUGCUGUGGAUGAUACGUAGAAAUAUUUUCAAAUCAAUAGUAUACGAUAAAGUAACUUCUUGAGUAGUCUAUUGUAUGCAUUUUAACGAAUUUUAAGUUUUUCCUCUCGUUGGUUUUUUUGUGAUAAACUCCAAAGAUCUAAGCUUACUAGUUGGCAAACAAUUCUAAGAUAUGUUAUGAUGUGAUUAAACACCGAAUGAAUCCAAAUACGUGUAUAGAUAUGUAUAUUAUGUAUAUGUAUAUAUGUAUAUAGUGACCAACUAGCCCGAUUUACGAAGUCGUGUCCCGGCGUCCCGGAAAAGGCUCCCGGGCCAUCCGAAUUUUCAACGUUUUGGUAAAAUUCUAUUAUGAAAUUUUGAAUACGUUAUUUUUAUAAGAAUUCACAUCAAAUUGAAUUGGUGGGACGAAAAAAGUGGACAAUUUCUAGUGUGUAAUACUAAUACCACAUCCAAAACGCAUACAUUUUAUAUCGUGGUAUUAUAGUUGUACGAAAACUAAAACGGUGGACUUUUUUUCGUUCCUGUAUUAUAAUUAUGAUCUUCUGAAAAAAAAAAUGGCCCGAUUUUCAUUGAAAAGUCCCGGAUUUCAGGUCAUUUUUUUUUAGCCUUGUCCCGGAUUCGACUGAAUUGGAGUUGGUCACACUAAGUAUACCCCAAGGUUACUGCAAGCGUCUCGAAUGACGCCAAAUACGAUUUUAUUCCCCGUCAGAAUUCCAUACCGAGCGAAUACUUCUUAGUAUUCACUUCAAACAUUCGUUUUCGCGAUCUAAUUCACACAACCUUGAGUCUCAGCCGCAUCGACUUUCUCCCAAACUAAAAAAAUUUCUAUAUUUUGUGUAUCCAAUCGACGCUUGUAAGAGGCAGUUAUUACAGAAAAAGUGUUAUUCGGUGUAAUUCAGACUAAUAUAAAUAAACAAUCAUAAUAUGUCUUUUCGUUAAAUUCAUAAGGUUUGUUCCAACACAACGAGAAACCGUCCAUGUAACGAUCACCGUCCUGCGCAGUAAACAAAAUAACCCAUGGAACGCACGAUAUACAGACACAGAACGCAUGGAACGUAUUAUUUUAUAGUAACGUGAUCGUUACAUGACGGUUCUCGUUGUGUUGGAACAAACCUAUAGCAAACGCAUAGAUAAACGCAAAACUUUUACGCUUAUAGCAACUACUUAUUUUUAUGAUAUACAGAGUCGCUAAAAAUUUAUUGCGGUCUAAACCAAAUGAAAUUAAAAAAAAAAUAAAAGUUUUUUGAAUCGUUACAGUAUUAACAUGCAAAAUUAUCAAAUCUUUUAACACACUUGUGCUAAAUCAAAUAUAUCAGUUAUCCCUUUCUGAACAACCUGUUUUUAUAUAUAUAAUACAAUAUUAUUUUAUCGACCAGUGAAUAGUACUAACUUACUCGAAUACAAUCCCCUCAUUUCUGUGUUUCACACUUGGAUAAUCACGAGGUUUUCAAUGGUGCUUUUUGCGUGUAAUUCAGACAAGUCUUUCAAGGAAAACUAUUGGAGAUUUGUCUGCUCGCAAUCAAAUUAGAGCUUAAAUUAAAAAUUGCAAUUUGUUUCACAUGUAACUUGAUGUUUGUUAAGAAGUAUAAAAACAACUAGCAAUAAUACAUCUAGCUUUUAAAAUUGGCUAAGGGGUGUGACGUCAUAGGUUAUGUUGGCAAUGCUGGUAAAAUUUAUCAGGUUUGUAGACUUUUACAAUUUAUACUUUUACAAUUUGGGCUAGAAAUGAAGGAUACAAAUAUAGAUCAAAUAAAAAGUUUUGAUAGUAAUCCUUUAUUUAGUAAUUUGCAUGUCUUUGUAUAGUCUGUGUUCACUUUACCUAAUUCAAAUGCAAGUUGUGAAAGACAAUUUUCAAAAGUAAAUUUAAUAUACAGAAGUGCAGGUACCGUUUGGUAACAGACACUUUAUAUUAGCAUUAUACAUUCAUCCCAAUCAAUUUAUCUUCCAAAGGGUAUGUAUAUUUUACACCGUCAGAAAUAAUGGUUAGAAUGUGAAUUGAUAUGAAUAGUGAAUAAAUAAUAAAAAAGUGAGAACUAAAAAAGGAUACCAAAUGGGAGAAAAACCACUUAAAAUAUUCUACUAUGCAGACGAUGCAAAACUAAUCUCUCAAAGUAAAGAUGAUUUACAACGUAUGCUGCACCAAUUUAAUAUAACCACCAGAAAAUUUAACAUGUUAAUUUCCCCAAAAAAGACAAAAUGCAUGGUUAUAACAGCAAAUCCAAUAAUAUGCAAAAUUUUAGCUGGAGGGUCAGAUAAUAGAACAAGUGAUGGAGUUUAAAUAUCUAGGCAUCACACUAUCUAGCUACGGAGAGCUCGAAACAGAAGUGGAAGAUCAAGUGAAUAGAGCAAACAGAGCCUCAGAUUCAAGGAAUGACACAAUAUGGAGAAAUAAAAAUAUCGAAAAAGAAAUGAAAGACAGAAUUUAUAAAACAGUCAUCAGACCAAUAUUAAUGACAUACGCGACAGAAACACGAGCUGACCCCAGAGAGGACAAGAAGAUUACUCGAAAGAGCGGAUAUGAAAACCCUUCGAAAAGUCGAUGGUAAGACUCUAUGGGACAGAGCUAGAAGUACAGAUAUACGAUGGACAUGGAAGGUGAAGAACAUUAAUAAAUGGAUAAAAAACAGAAGAGUAGAAUGGAAUGACCACAUAAGCCGAAUUACAACAAAUAGAGUAGUAAGGACGGCUAGACUGUUCCCCAACAGGAAGAGGAUCAGUGGGAAGACCACGAAAACGAUGGAAUAACAACUUACUGGAGUCACAUCGAAAAAACAGACAGUCAUGUCUGUACAAAAAAAAGAAGAAGAAAAGACUGUAUAAAAAGGUUAAAAAAUAAUAGUUUAAAAUAGUAAACGUGUCUAUUAUUUUGAUUUGUCUAUACAAAAGCCUUGAUACAACAAUUACAGCCUUAUUUUGCUAACAUUGCUUGAUGUCAGCCCUAAAUCCAACCAAAUACUUGCAAAAUAAAAUAAUUUCGCCUCUAUGCGUAUUAUACAUUAGCAAUUUUUAUGUACCCUGACGAUAUUGUCUAAAUAACAUUUAGAAAUAAAAAAAUGUCGCAGAUGUCGCUAGGGCAUCCCUGCCAUUUCGUUCGUUGCAAUCCGUGACUGCACGCGGAUUAUUAACCUGGUUCAUUCAGAGAGAAGAGUAUAUGUAUCUCCUGAUGAGGGCGUAAAAAGCCCCGAAACCGGUAGAGUUACUUGCUGUACUCUCUGAUUGAACUAGAAAUACAAUACGACUGCAGUUUCGGGUUGCAACGAAAUUGAAAAUGUUUAUUCAUUUUUAAAAUUUGGAAAUGUUUUUACACUAAAAUUUCUACUACUUCGGCGAUUUUAUUUUCUUUUGACUUUUAGAAUUGUACCAUAUCUAAAACUACAUACUAUCCUUUUCUUCAAUUUCAUCGCUAAGUAGCCAUUUAGAUGUGACUUAUUUACAAUUUGUAUGUUGCUGGUGUUUUCUGAAUGGUUGUAUAUAAAUGGAUAUGGAUAUCAGUAGCGGAUCUACGAGGUGAGGGAAUGGGGAAAUUACCCCACCACCAAUAAGUUCCAAAAUUAAAGAAAAAAAACAUAAGUAUUAUAUUAUGCAACGAGCGUUUAAUGAUGGUCAUUAUGAUGCGAGUAUGAGGGAUAGACAUGAGCCGCGUAGCUGCGAAUGACGUUUACAAUACGAGCAUUAUAAUGGCAAUUAAAUGCAAGUAGUAUGCAUGAUUUUUUCUACGACCAUUCACAAAAAUAUAUAUUCACAUUUAUUUACAUUAUAACACAAACAAAUAUUUAUUUUGUACAAAAAUAUAUUUAAAUUUAUUUAUUUUGUAACACAAACGUAUAUUUAUUUCAGGUGGUGUUACAUUUUCGAUAUCCCUAUCAUCUUCAGACAUUUUUUUAAUGUGGAUUAAAUUCAGAUGUGGAUUAAAUCUUCAGACAUUUAAGUGGAUUUAAUUUUUUUUGUCUGUUUUUUUCAAAUAUUGUGAAAAGUCAAAGCGUAUGCCUUUGACUUGACAUUACGCAUGUGCCAGCUUUGAUACAGAUCAUCAUCCCGCUUUUCUUUUGUAUCUGUAACCAAAAAUAUGUACCACAAUGAAAAUCUGUAUCAUAUUGAUACAAAAAAUGUAUCGUUCUCCUCGUAAUAUGUGCCCUAAGUAUACAGUCUUCAUAAUUUUUACAUAAUCAACAAGUUCCCUAUCCUGUAAGCCCACUCUUCUUAAUACUUUAUCAUUUCUGACGGUCCUUCCACGAUUGGAAGUUCUACUCUUUUUUUUUACUUAUUCUUCUACUUCUACUGGCUUGCUCUACUCUGCUCUUUAUUUCAAUCUCAGGCUCCCAACUCUCGUUUUGCAGACAACCCAAGCAUUUAAACUGCCCGACUUCAAUUCUGCCUGAUGUUCAAUUGAUUCUUAAGCUACAUAUUAAUAUAUCUUUGCGUUUAGGUAAUUAUUUCUGUCUAUAGUCAUUGUUUUUGUGUUUACCCAGUUUAGUAAGACAUAGAUAAACAGAAUGAAAUAAAAAUCUUUAAACAUUGUUACGACAGAAUAUUGUUACAUACUACAUAUAUGCCCUGUUUUUAUGGGGUCUCGGGGAUCUGUAGUAAUGUUUUUAAUACGUAGUUUGGCGUACUUGUUGACUGUAGUGGGCUCCAACGCUGAAUAUAAUGACCGGUUUUAAAUGCCCAUUUUGACAGACCAAUAAAUAUUUAACAUACUUUUUAUUAAGGUACAUUGUAAUCGGAGUAUAUAAGCCGAUGUGCCUAAUUUGCUAUAAAUUGUUUUUAAACAAGGAGGAGUGUAAUAUAUUUUAGCCCUAAUUUGAGGGUGAAUAUUACAAACUAUAAAUUACUAAAAUAAAACACAUCUUUCUACAAAGAAGGCUCAUUUAAUACUCGUUUGGCGAAUGUACUUUUUACAAUAAUAAGAAAUGUGUUACUCUGAUAACAGUUGUUAGGUUUUACAGAGUGGUCUACUAAAACUAUAUUUACAAUAUCCAACAAGGAGUAAACUAAAAAGACAGAUUCAUACUCAAAAAAGUAUCUAGAAAAAUCGCCAGAUUCAUCUUCUUUUUUAGUUGACCAUAUCGGCCUUCGACGGUAAUCCACAAAUAUUAUAUUAUACUAAUGCGUCGCUAGAGAGUUCUAAAAACAACUGUUUUUUAUACAAAAGUAUACUAAAAAUCUAAAUAUUAAAUGAAUAACGCAGAGAACACAAAUCGCCUAUAUAACUUAACAUAUUAUGAGUUUUAAAUGCCAAUAGUGUCAAAAUUUUAUAACUUAGUGGAGUAAACUAGCCUGCGGUUGAACCAAUUACAAACAAGCAUUAGCAUUACAGCGCGCUAAAUUUGAGUUACUCAUAGUUUAAAAACAGAUUUAGUGUCUGUCGCAGUUGCAGACUAAACAUAAGAAACACAUAAUUUCGGUCCACGACAUAAAAACAUGUUAAGAGGAUUCUUUUACAAAACACUGUUUGAUCCUUCUUCUACCUUUUAUUGAUUAUAAAUAUGUCUACAAUCCACCAUUUAUAUACAACUUGUUACUGUACACUGUAUUAAUCUGUUAGCCAAUGCAUAAUUCUUUAAAAAUAUAUAUUCGUAGUUAAUGGAAUUUUUGCAAUUUAAACAAAUUUUAGGUAGUUUUGUAAGAUCAAAAUUUGUGGUGAUAAUAGGAUUAGUUUUUGAGAUUAUUAUUUUAUUAGUUUUGUAAAGAAGUAUCUAAACUUGGUUACUGAAUUUUGGAAUUCAUUGUUAAAACAGUUUGAACACUACAGAAAUUGGGAAUUGUGAAUUGAAACAAUAAAAAGAACUUCAUACACUGUACAGAGUGUGUACACUAGUUUAAUUUUCUCCAUAUAUUAUUUCACAUAUUUACAAAAAUGUUUUUGUCCAUCAAUUUUUUUGAGCUUUUUCAUCAUCUGAUAGUUGAUACCAGACUGUUGCAGUCUAAAAUCUCUAUUAUUAACCUCAUUUAAAGUUUCCCGGCUAGCUGAGUGAUAAUAAAUGAUUGGCAGGAAAAGAAAACAAAGUUUGUCGCUAUCUACCUAAAAUAACAGAAAAAUAAAAUAUGUGUCAAAACUGCCUUGUUACCAUGCCUACUUUCUUACCUACUCCGUGGCUUUACAACCUUUCGUAGGUUUUACAGGACUCGACAACAUGCCUCCAUUCCUCUCUAUCUUGAGCAAUCUUCAUCCAAUUCUUCACACCCAUAGCUUUAAGGUCUCUUAAUACUAUAUCAUCUCCACGAGGGCAUCCACGUCGUCCUCUUCCAGUUGGGACUUCUUCCCAUACCACCCUUACUAUUCUUUCGUUAGAAUUUCUUCUGAGGUGUCCUGCUCAUUGGACUCUUCUGGACUUUAUUUCUUUUAUUAUGUUAGCUGUGGGUAUAGUUCUUCGAGCUCUUUGUUAGUUCUUAUCCCAUAUUGUUCUGCUACUUCAUCAAGCAUAGGCCCAAAGAUCUUCCUCAGGAGUUUUCUUUCCUAAACACGUAGUCUCUCUUCGUUUGCCUUUGUUAUUCGCUACCGUACAUCAGUACAGUCGUAUGAUUGCUUUAUAUAGUUGUAUCUUUGUAUGUUUUGUUAGUUAUUUCGAUUUUAUCAGUUUUUGAAGGGUAUAAAUACAUCUGUUACCGGCUUGUAUCCUGUUGUUUAUUUCUUGUGAUCCGUUAUUGUCUUCAAUUAUUGUUGUUCCAAGAUACUUAAAUUCUCUGACGCGCUCAAACUUGAAGUCGUCGAUGGUAAUGUUCUGUCCGAUUCCAUAUCUGUUUUGAUUAUGGGCGCUUAUAUUCAUAUAUUUAGUUUUACUUUCAUUGAUUAUGAGCCCCAUCUUCUCUGCUUCCUUCUUGAACCUGACGAAACUCUGCUUCAUCCUUAAUCUGGUGUUUUCUAUCUACCUUGUUACCUACUGCAGAAAAAUGUUUCUUAGAUUUUUAAGGAAAUGAAGAUAAUGACGAUGAAUAUUAGCUACAAUUUUAUCAUCUAAAUCGCAUACUCUGCAAACAAACUUUAAUUUAGCUAACACCAAUACAAGAUACAACCCAGCAUCUCUUUACCUCCUGUUUAUUUCUUUGUUUGUUACCCUACUGAUCAUCCUUUAAUAAGUUUCAGCUCUGUAUUCUAUCGUUUACGUAUGCUUUUUCUCAUGAGGAUCUUUCAGUGCGUCACAGUUUUUCGAUUUCUUUCUAACGCAUUAAAUUGUAUGUGACAGAAAAAACGCACGUCGGUGACAUUUAUAAGAUUUAUUCUAGUUGUCAACAGAUGGCGCUAUAAUCGAAAAAAAAAUAUUUACGAAUUAUAUAAUAUAUCUACGAAUAUAAUCUGUACAAUUUAUAAGACGAUACAAAUCAAAGAAAAUACCAUUUUAUAAAUGCAAUAAACACAAUUGAUUUGUUUUUAUGCCAAAUUGCAAAUAAAAUUUGACAACUGUCAGUUUUAACUAAAAUGUCAUGUCACUAAAAUGUAUAUUAUCACGGACUUACCUUUUUUUCUAUCAUUUGUGACGCACUGAAAAAUGCUCAUGAAAAGAAGCAUAUCUAUGAUUUCUGUUACCUUCUUUCAACUUAAGAAAAAUAAUGAAUUUAGGGCUUUGCCACUGUCAGAAGGUCGCAAACAAUCGUCAUAUACGCAGUGGACAUUCCGGACAGGAAAAGGAGAACUCUAGGCCCAGCUCGCUGUAAAUUUCCUAGGCAAGAACGGGAUGAUACUCAGCUCAACACCUUUAAGUGUUAUAGACGGAAAGGAGAACCCUUCUUACUCUACAUCUAAGUCUAGCUCAAUAGGUUGGAGACCACGAGCCAGAUUUUGAUUCAAAAAAAGAUGAUUCCAGCUCAACUGCUCUAAAGAUGUAUCAUUCCAAUACAAAUACACCAUUACCUUCUAUAGACUUUCGCAGACUCUAUUAAUUUGGUAUAUACUAAGAUUUAGAUACUUUCGGGAACAAUUUUACUAAUCUGAAUCAUCCAGUACGUCAAAAUGCAUUCAAUACACAUUUCUGUUAUUUAGACAAUUCAAAGGAUCUGUCAUAUUUGGCCUAUGUUAUCCAUUUUGAUGUAUUGAGUAAUUACAUUUGAGUAAAAGUUGAAGAUGUCAAUUUUUGAUUGAAAAUCCCAAUAAUUUUUGUUGGUAACGGGUUUCUGUGUAAUGAACAACUUUUAAAACGCAUGAACAAUUGUACUUUCUAUAACUUUCAGAUGACUAGUUUCAUAUCACAGUAAAUUUUUCCUGGUAAAAUUUAUGACAACGAGGUUUUGUAUCAUCCUGGAUUAGUAAAAUAGAUGAUUGUCUCAAUACUGGCACACUAAAUAUCGAACAACGAUUUGUUGACAUAUUGCUGGUCAGUUUGUCUCCGUUUAUGACGUGAUAAACACAUCAUUAUCGCCAGUUUCUUCGUAUACCUUACUUUUGAGGUAUACUCUCGUAAAAUUGUCAAUAGGAGUGCGAUCAGGUCUACUAGGAGGUUAAUUAAUGGCGUAUCUACUAGAAAUCACUUGUAUGGUGAAUAAUCCCUUUAUCGCAACAAUAAUAGGUAUAAAUAUAGUGCUUGCCAAAAGUCCCCUUCCCUCCUCGUAUCUUUUGAACGGUUUUAUUUACAAUAGUUAAAUUUGGAGGGAGGAAAUGAAAGGACGUAGGCUUCUACUAGUCAUAACAGAUGACGUAAUAGUGAUAGAUGACGUUGCAGAGUCACUAUGACAGAUAAUUUUAAAAGGGCCCUUAUUGCAAGGGAUAUGUCGUUUGAAAGGUAUUGAAAAUACCUAUUCGAUCAUACCAAUUUUGUUUGGAUUUAAGCUGAUUUUGAUGAAUAAAUUAAAUAAAUACUAAAAUUGCAGUUUCGCAUUUAAUUAUUUGAUUUAAUUUGACCGAGACCCGUCUGGUUUACACAGAUCUUUAAACUAAAUAUAUCUUUUUGUAGUGACUAUCCGUUUCGAAUGUUGGCGACCAUCAUGGCAAUCUGUACUUUGCACACUGCUGAUCUGAAAAGAUUUGUGGUUGUUGUGUUAAACCACGUCAACCAAGAAAUCCUUCGCUUUCCUUCUACUUUUCCUUGCAAGAUUAGUUGCAGCAGUCCAUAUCUUUCGCUGUUGCUCAUGAUGUGACCUAGGUAUUCGAUUUUGGCUGUUUUUAUUGUGAUUAACAACUCUUUUUCUUUUUAUACUCUUAAUAAGACGUAAAAAAGUAUCUGAGUAGAAAAUUCACCUUUUUGUAGUGGACAAAUAAAUUUGAAAUAAAAGUCCUUUCUUUUUGCUAAGUUUUGACCUCUUUUGUUCAUUUAACUUUUGUAAAAGUGUCUAUAAAGUUUCUUCUAUGUUUUAUACAGUUCUUCAUCCCUUUUAUGCAUAAUUCAUUGCACUUUUGUCAUUUACGCAAAUGAAAAUUCAAUAAAUGAUAAGUUAAUAAAAAAAAAUGAGACUAUUAUCUGGAAAGUUAUGGAAAAAUGCACAAAGAUUUUAUAUUUAUGGCUUGAAUUUACAAAAGAUCUUUUAUCAGAUUAUCACCUGUUUAUUUGCACAUUUUAAAGGACCAAAUAUUUAUUUGCAGCUAAUUGUUAAUUUAUUUAUUUAUUUUCCAGUUUUAGGAUAUUUUUGUAUCGAGCCUGUUACGUAGAUGAAUAGUUAUCUUCAUUAUAGGUCUGGAUCCAGCGUACCAAAAGAAAUUUGUUAAUACCAAGCUGAAAAUUUGUUAAUACGUUAACGGUGUCUAGUCAGACUAACUUUGAUGUAUGGGAACACUGGAACAGGAAAGUUUUAAUUGUGGAACUUGUCAUCCUGACAAGUUUAUGAUUGUGAAAACUAGCAGGUUGUUUUUAAGUUUAUUCAAUAGCAAACUUUAUAUUUAUAUGAAAAAAUGUUUGUCCGACAAAUAUGUUGGGCGUUUAAGUCCGUCACGUAAAACAUGUCAAAUGACAGGAAUUAUGUUAGUGAUAAAUAGCAGUCUGAUUUUUGCAUGAUAGUUUAAUGAAAAGAUAACAAAUCAAUUGCAAAUUAUAUCCAGCAAAAGCUAACGGUGUCUGUAGACACCGUUAAACUAUUAACAAAUUUUCAGCUUGCUAUUAAUAAACUUUUUUUGGUACGUGGGAUCCAGACCUAUUAUUUUUUGUCGAGAAAACCCAGUUCUUCUUCAGUAUAUGUAAAAGUUUCAAAAUAUACAUAUAUAUUCUAUACUGUGACAUUCUUUCAACGUUUUCAUUCUUUUUACUUUUAGAAUUUUCAAAAAUAUAUAUACGUUGUAAAAUUAGAAGAUAAGAAAGACAUUUGACAUUAUCUUUUGUUUCAUUUGAGGUUUAUAUAGGGUGUGACACCACUAGAGCAUUUAGCAACUGUAGAAAAAUAUUUGACAAGAGAAUUGUUUGAGAUUCUGUUGCUAUCAAAAAUAUUUUUGAUACCAAUAUUGAUUCAGUACACUACAGCAAUCAACGUUUAGGUUUUUCUGAUUUGACCUAUACAAUAGAUCAAAUAUUCCUAAAACGACUCUAGAAUUAUAGUUGCUUCUAUCUAAGCAGUGUAACUUGCUUUGGUAUUUAAUGCAGAAGUAACGUACUCGGCUAUUUACUGUAUUUCUAUGAUAUUUUUGCCGAGAUAUUGAAAAUUUAUUUACGCGCGCCUGCAUUCGCUGUGAGCUGACCAUGCGCCUCAGAGCGCGUUAUUAAAAGUCACAUAUCUUGGUCAAAAAUUAAGAUAAAGAACUUUUUGGAUAUGUUCUAUAACAUCCAUUAGCCAGAUUUUCAAAGUUGUGUUUAAAUCUCUUAUAAACAAAUUAGUUCGCAACUUUUUGGUGAAAUCUUUAAUGUUUAAUUGUUAUAACUUUUUCAUUAAUAAAGAUAAAGUACUUUUGCAAGGUUUUUUAAGGCUGAAACAAUUAAUUUUAAAAUAAAGUGGUUUUGAAAGUUAAUCGCACUUAUGAGAGUGGAGUCAUACUUAGAAAAUUAGGUAUUGAAUUCCUAUUUUGCAAUUGUUUCUCACGAAAUUUGUUAUAACUCCGGUUCUAACAAUCAAAUCCAAAGUACCAUUUUGGAUCGCCAUUUUGUUCAUUUUUCAAAAGGAACAUUUUUCAUUUUGGCAAAAUUAAAUAUCUCUCAUAAUUUAGGAGAUACAAUCAUUUAACAAUAAAAUUGUUAUAGUUGGUUCGCUAAACUCUGGCACGACUGACUAGUGAUUUUAAUAGGUAAUUUUUUUGUUUUUUUGGCAAAAUUGGCAAAAUUACUAACUAUUUAGUAAUUAUUAACUAUUUAGUAAUUAUUUUUUUGCUAAUUUUACCAAAUUGGCAAAAAUUACUUACUAAAAUCACUAGCCAGUUGGGUCUUAGCGAUCCGACUAUAGUAACCAAAUUAUCUGACGGGCUUUCAGCCUGGUACUACAACCUGGUAGACUAUGAGUUUUAUUUGUAUCUUAGAUAUCUUAAUAAUAGUAACAGUUGAUUGCUCUAAAAAUUAUGUAGUGUUUGGUACAAUAAAAACAAUGAUAGUAUAAUGUUAGCUCUAUUGGUGUUCAUCCUUUAUAUGAGAUUAUUUGGAUUCACAAAGUAUUUUCGCAAAAAAUCAUCUUUUCUAGCAUUGUUGUAUGCUGGGAAAAUCAUGUUUUUGUUUGCUCAGUUUAAAUGUAAGUUAUGAACAAUUACAAUAAAAACAAGAAUUACAAUUAAUAAAA